AACGUGCUGAGAAGCAGACCAGACCGCAGAGCAGUUGCAUGUGAACACACCUCACAGGAGCUGGACGCUUUGCAGCUGCGCAGACAACGGACGCAAUGGACACAGACUCCAGCAUCUCCCCUGAUGUGCCCAAGAUGAAGAGAGGCUUUGACCAAAAGGUAUUUGUCAACAGAAGCCUGACACUGGAAAACAUCAAAUGCUAUGGCUUUGACAUGGACUACACUCUGGCAAUAUAUAAGUCUCCUGACUACGAGAGCCUGGGCUUCGAGCUGAUAAGAGACAGAAUGGUGUCUAUUGGAUACCCUCAUGAGCUUCUACGCUACACAUACGACCCCAGCUUCCCCACACGCGGUGUAGUGAUUGACACCAUGUACGGGAACCUCCUGAAGGUGGACUCAAACGGGAAUAUUUUAGUGUGCAGUCACGGUUUCUCCUUCCUCAAAGGAGAAGACAUUCACAACUACUACCCCAACAAGUUCAUUCAAAGAGAUGAUACUGACCGCUUUUACAUUCAUAACACACUCUUCAAUCUGUCAGAGACUUAUCUUUACGCCUGCCUCGUGGACUUCUUCACCAGAUGCAGCAGAUACACAAACCUCCUGAAAGGUUACCAGCACGGCGACCUGUUUAUGUCGUACAGAAGCAUGUUUCAGGAUGUUCGAGAUGCAAUGGACCACGUUCACGAUACGGGAACCCUGAAAGAACGAACUAUCAAGAAUUUGGAGAAAUAUGUGAUGAAAGACCCAAACAUUUCUAUACUCUUGACUCGGAUUAAAGAGGUGGCCAAGGUCUUUCUUGCCACCAACAGUGACUACAACUACACUGAGGCCAUUAUGAAAUACCUGCUUGAAAGUAACAUUAAGUCUGGAAGUCCAAAAAAGUCCUGGCGCUCCUUCUUUGACCUUGUUGUUGUGGACACCAAAAAGCCACUGUUCUUCGCAGAGGGGACUGUGCUGAGACAAGUGGACACGGACACAGGAAAGCUUCGGAUUGGGACUUACACAGGCGACCUCCAGCAUGGAACUGUGUACUCUGGAGGGUCCUCAGACAUCGUCUGUGAUCUGCUGGACGUCAAAGGUAAGAACAUCCUCUACGUUGGAGACCACAUCUUUGGAGACAUCCUCAAAUCUAAGAAACGGCAGGGCUGGAAGACUUUUCUGGUCGUUCCAGAGCUCACCAAGGAGCUGCACAUGUGGGACGAGAAGAAAAAUCUGUUUGAAGAGCUGAAACGUCUUGAUGGCUUCCUAGCUGAACUUUACAAGCACCUGGAUAGCGGCAGUCGAGAGUGUCCUGACAUCAGCACCAUUCAGACCCGAAUGAAGGUGCUUACCCACAGAAUGGACAUGUCCUACGGCCAGAUGGGCAGCCUCCUGCGCAGCGGAUCCAGACAGACGCUCUUUGCCAGCCAGCUGAUGCGCUAUGCAGAUCUUUACUCCUCCACCUGCAUCAACCUGCUGCACUACCCCUUCAAUUACCUUUUCAUGGCUCCUCCAGUCCUGAUGCCCCACGAAGCAGUAACUCAAAACUCUGCCGACUUUGCUUCGUCAGAGCUCACUUCUGUCACCAACCACACUAUCAAAAACUAAGUGCUGACAGCAGCUGACCAAGACAUGACAGAAGAAGAACAUGAGGAGCCUCUUCAGAAAUCUUCUUCUUGUCAUGUCACUGGUGAUUGUUUGCACCUGUGCACAUAUGAAGGGCUUGUUGCAGCCAUGAUGUGCCUCCUAUAACACACACACACACACAAACAAUAAAAAAAACUAACCUAUUGCACCACCUGCUGGAUAUGAAUCGCAUUGCCAUGUAACGUUUACCAGGUAAACCCAUAAAUGAAGCUAUGUUGAGGUUUUAGGAUUCAAAGUAAGAACAGACUCAGGGUUACUGUAUAUAUAAGUGCAAAUAUGUCUUAAUCCUUUUUUUGUUUUUUGUUUUAUUACAUGAGGUGCAAGUGCACUUUUGAUCUGAUGUUUGUGUAAUGGUUUUUAAGAAGUAACUUUAUUUAUGUUGUUUGAGCCAAUUUUUGUUGAAUUAUCUCAAUAAAUCAUUCAUAUAAUUUGUUUUCAUUGUCUUCACUGAAGUGCAAUUUUAACUAAACGUAGGUGUAUAUGGUAUUAGAGGAUCUCAGCUAAUUUUAAAGGAUGCUCAUUUAGUCCUUUUAUAUAUUUUAUACAUUUUUAACAUUAAAGAAAUACUUUCUGUAUUUUUUAUAUUUUUUCAUUAUUCUUCAUUUUUAUAUUAUUUUUAUACUGAGACACAUGACACAUUGAGUAACCAGGAUGCUGUUUCUGGAAAGACACGCUGCUUUUCAUAUAGUGCUCCAAGCACCACAAACGAACAUCUAUACCUGUCUAACCUGGGUUAAUAAAACCAGAGUAACAAGUAAUAGAAGCUGAUACAAAAACAAAACAAGACAAUACUUUUUUGUGUAAACUGUCCCUUUAAGGUUUUCCUUUGGUAAUACAUCUGUUCUCCACUGGAUGGCAGUGAAUCACCUCAGCAACAGAACUGCAGCCCGAUCCUUGGGUGUGACUAAAUGAACCAAGCUUAUUUUAUUCACUGCAAACAAGUUUAGACUUCUACCUGAUUUUUCAUUUCAAUUUUUCUGUGACAGUAAAAUAUGUGUUCUCAUAAAUCUCAAAUGUAAAUACUGCAGCUCGUCUGCUUCGUCUGUCUUUAA